UAUGUCAGCUCCCCGACAAUAUAAUUCCUUCUGAGGAAUGAAAAAAGAAGCAAAGCAAAAGGAAAGAAAUUCAAAAUUGAAAUAAAACCCUAACUUUCUCAUAGAGUGAGUGACGAUUACACAGAGAACGAAGAACGAUGGCUGAGGAAGACAAGAAACCCAACGAUCAAUCUGCUCACAUCAAUUUGAAGGUCAAAGGCCAGGAUGGAAAUGAAGUUUUCUUCAGGAUUAAAAAGAACACUCAACUGAAGAAGCUGAUGAAUGCGUAUUGUGAUCGACAAUCUGUGGACUUCAAUGCCAUCGCCUUCUUGUUCGAUGGGCGCCGUCUCCGAGCAGAACAGACUCCUGAUGAGCUUGAAAUGGAGGACGGGGAUGAGAUCGAUGCAAUGUUGCACCAGACUGGUGGAGCCCUGUGGACCUAAUCUAUAUCUUUUCUCAUGUAGUUCUUGUGAAGAAUUUGUUAGUUUAGUUUUAUUUGGUGAAUGCAACUGCUAACACUAUGGAUUUGCAUGAUGGGAAUUGUGAUGGGUAACUUCAUUGUAGACCUUGCUAGGAAAUCUGUCUAUGGGGGUUUUGUAAGUUUGGUCAACUCGUAUGAUUGUAAAACCUGGAUUAUUUAAUUCUGUAAUCUGAUCCUUUGAUAAAACGUA